GGUGUUUCGGCUGCACUGCAGUCUAUUUCCGGGCUAUGUAUAGUGUCUAGAAGAGUCUAGAGAAGUGAAUGCUGUGUGAAACAACUACACAGCGAAUAGACUGAGCAUGCACACACACUAAUGUGCAUGUACAGACUGUAUACAAGGUGGCAGGGUGCACUUCGUGUGAUUGUGUGGCAUAAUAAAAGAGAAGGCGUGAGAAACAACUAGUAAUCUAUAGUAGUAUAUGAAGAGUGUAUAGAAGAGGCAAUAGACAGAAAAUGAACUAUGUAAUAAAUCAAAAGAAGUAAAUGCAGGGUGCCUGUAUAUGGGUGCAGUGCAUACAAUACGAAUGAAUACGCAGUUCUGAUAAUUUAUUCUAUAGCAAUACACGGUGCAUGUACAUGGCACUCCUUUCCUGCCCAGGAGAGUGCACGACAGCGCGUGUGUACAUAUUUCAGGUUGUUGUUUGGGAUUAUUCGGGUUAUAGAACAACUUGUUCAGGCUGGCCAGUGCUCAGGAGAUAUUUCUCCCUCUGCCUCCGGAAGAGAGGAUUGUCCAUCAGCUCUUCUGCACUUGCAAGAGAGUAGGGCUCUAACAAGAGCUCCUCUGGCUCGGUCUGUGCGGUUGGAGAUGGGCGCACUAUCUCAAGUAUCGAUGAACGGCUUGGUCGAUGCGCUUCUUGGGGAGAAGUUACCUAAACACGCAUGGAGGACUAUGUUCCGGGACUUUCCUGAAACUAAGGCCCAGUGCGUAGACCGUAGCAUUAGUAUUACUUGCGCGGUGGCACUAUAUCUCAGUGCCAUCAACCCAUUAAGGAGUGGCCUUAUAAGGCCCUACUUUAUAAGCCACGUUCCUCUACCCCUAGCAGUCAAAAACAUUAACUUGUUACGGCCGCCCUAGAGGCACGAUAAACAGCAGCAGGAGGUGCAGUGCCACCACUGAGGCGCAUAUUGUCUCCAUGUAUAAUACUAGAUAUACAAUAAACCAAUUCUAUAAUAA